AUGGUCAAACACGCUACAAAUUCAAGUUCAAACACCACACAAACUCAAGUUCAACAAACACCACAAACUCAAGUUCAGACACAACACAAGCUAAAGUUCAACAAACGCCACAAACUCAAGUUCAAACACGACACAAAUUCAAGUUCAACAAACGCCACAAACUCAAGUUCAAACACAACACAAACUCAAGUUAAACAAACACACAAACUCAAGUUAAAACACGACACAAAUUCAAGUUCAAAAACACCACAAACUCAAGUUCAAACACAAACUCAAGUUCAACAAACACACAAAAUCAAGUUAAAAAACACCACAAACUCAAGUUCAAACUCGACACAAACUCAAGUUCAACAAAAACACAAACUCAAGUUCAACCAAUACCCAAUUCUCAAGAUUAACAAAUUCCACACCCUCAAGUUCAAAAACACCAAGAACUCAAGUUCAACAAACGCCACAAACUCAAGUUCAAACACGACACAAAUUCAAGUUCAAAAACACCACAAACUCAAGUUCAAACACAAAAUCAAGUUCAAAAACACCACAAACUCAAGUUCAAAAACACCACAAACUCAAGUUCAGACACGACACAAACUCAAGUUCAACAAACGCCACAAACUCAAGUUCAAACACGACACAAAUUCAAGUUCAAAAACAACAGAAACUCAAGUUCAACAAACGCCACAAACUCAAGUUCAAACACGAAACAAACUCAAGUUCAAAAACACCACAAACUCAAGUUCAACCAAAACCCAAUUCUCAAGUUUAACAAAUUCCACACCCUCAAGUUCAAAAAAACCACAACUUCAAGUUCAAAAAACAACAGAUACUCAAGUUCAAAAAACACACAAACUCAAGGUCACCAAACACGCACCUCAAGUUCAAAAACACCACAAACUCAGGUUCAAACACUACACAAACCAAUUUUAA